UGUGAAGCCUGCUAACGCAAAGAAACCCUGAAAGCCUAUACUACGCAGGGAACGACCACGACACUAGAAGCAAUGGGAUUCCACAGACUUGCAGAAUACAUGAAGUCUUUGUUUAUGGUGCUGAUGGCGAUAAUGACUUUUCUGGGCAUCAUUUGGAUGAAGAAAGACAUACAAUCAAAAAGAUUUUUCCCUGUUCCUGCCUCACAUCACAACGACACAAAAUCUGAUGACCUGCACAUCCCUCUCACCCCUCUCACCACUCUCACGACCAAGCCUGUGGCUGAUAUUGGUAUGGCCCCACAUGAGGUGCACCAGAUCCUAGAGUUGCUCCACUGGCCUGGUCCAGACAAACAAAUUGAAGAUUUCCUCCAAAGCACCACUCCAUCCAACACAUAUUUCUACAUUCCCGGGCUGGGGAAGAGCUACAAGGUAGGGGAGGAACUACGUGUCACUGUGUUGGCCAGGGAUUUCCACGAGAAGCCCAAGCAAUAUGGAGGUGACUACUUCCAGGCUAAACUUUUCUCAUCCAAACUGAAGGCUAGUGUGUUUGGGGAGGUGACAGAUCUGGAGAAUGGGUCCUACUCAGUGCGCUUUCUCCUGCCCUGGUCUGGGGAGGCUCGGGUAGCUGUACGCCUGAUCCACUCUAGCGAGGCUGUGCAGGUCCUGAAACAACUCCGGAAGUAUCAGUCGGACCGCGUCUACUUCAAGGGCCUGUUCGUGGGAACAGGUCUCAAUGGGAAAAAGCUUAAAGAGACGAUGGAGUGCAAUUCAAAGUGGGAUGGGGCUGGUCUGGAACGUAUGCAGAAGAGUAACUGCUGUGAGUAUCCAGACCCAAAAACAGGAGAGGUGUGGCUGUGCAAGAGGCCCAAAUAUCUGCCCUGUGAUGCCCUGGUCUACCAUGUGAUGGGGGGCUACAGGGCGAAGCUUGGGACUCUGCAAAAAAAGCUUGUGGACAAGAAAUAUACCAAUCAAUGGAUUAAAGGGAAGAACAACACAAUUAUAAUUAAUCCCUCCAAUACAACUGUUGGUGCAACAGAGAGAUGCAGACCUGGGCUGCAAAUCCCAGUCCCAGCUGGGUUCUACAUGAGGGACGUGUGGACCUCUCUGGUCUGCACCACCGGCCAUUUUAAUGCUCCCAAAAUUACCCAGUGCCUCAAGGACAGAGAGCUCUUCAUGAUGGGAGACUCCACCAUGAGGCAGUGGUACCAUUAUCUGGGAAGUUCUGUGCCCAGCAUGAAAUACAUCAACCUUCACUCCGCUGAACAGGCAGGUCCUCUCUUGGCGGUGGAUGUGGAAAAUAACAUAGUCUUGCAUUGGAGGGCUCAUGGCACACCACUGCGCUCUAAAGCGGCCCCAUUUGUUGACUUGCACUACAUCAGCAAUGAGAUUGACAGUAUAGCAGGCGGGUCCCGCAAGGUCAUCAUCUUCGAUAUUUGGGCGCACUUCACAACUCACCCGCUUGAGUAUUACAUCCGUCGAGUGGCAAGGAUUCGGCAAGCUGUUAUUGCACUGCUGAAGCGGGCACCAGACACGAUUGUCGCCAUCAAGUCUGCUAACACUGGCUCAAAGAAUGUCUAUGGCAGUGACUGGCUUUCCAUACAGUUGGACAUAAUAUUGAGAAGCGCCUUCCAGGGGAUUAAUGUAGCAUUCAUAGACGUCUGGCAAAUGACAUCCUGCCACUACAGUAAAGAAAGUAUCCAUCCCAACCCAACUGUCAUUGGGAAUGAGAUCAACCUUUUGUUGUCAUUCAUCUGUCCUGUCUGAAUGCCCAUUCCCCGUGGUUCCGUUUUGUUAUUAAAAUAUCUUGGUACGUACUGGUGUUCAUGAUGACAUCUAUCUUAACAGAUGCUCCAGGACCUUUGGAAUUUUUCAUAUUUACAAAAAAAUAAAGGCCACCCAUUUGUAAACAAGAAUGAACCAAUGCUUUAGCCUCCUGGUGUGUAGUGAAGUCCAAUGUUCCAUAGCAUACAACUCACAAUGAUGGAUAAGAUGUCUUGCAUUUGUAUCAAACUUUGGUGUUAUACAGUAUCUAAUGUUUAAAGUGCAGAUGCUGAUGCUUGCUGUUACUGUCAUGGUUUUCAAUCGAUGAGAUUUCCAGACUUUUUGUAGAAUUUCUUUAAGAAUUUCAAUAAAGAGGACGAGGCAGAAUCUUCAGAAUAUAAGACUUUAUUCUCUAACAGUGAUCAUAAAGC